GAGGGUCAACAGAGGUUUGGUUCCUUUAUGUUCUGCCAGAUGUCAGAAUGCGGACAAUGUGGUUCCUGUGGAUCUUCUGCCAGAUGUGCGAUGGCUGAGAGGCUCUUAAGCAGCGGCCCGCUGAAGAAGACGUGACUGUGGAGGAUGAGCUCUAUAAAGCGGAGAUGCAGGGAGCGCUGAUGUGGAAGAGCAGCAGAAAUAUCCUGAUGAUCCGCUGGAGAAACCCUCCUGUGUCUCUGCUGAGCUGCAGCACAACGUUCAUCCUCAUAAAUCAGAGGAAGAUUAAGAUUAUGCCUCCACUGCUCGCCUCUUCUGACCGACAGGCAGGUCCUCCGGCUGUAAUUACAGGAGGAGCAGCUGCACAGGCCAGCCUCUCUGAUAGGAGGCGCGCAGAUGGAGGAAGUAAAUCACAGCAGGAAGCAGCGAGCAGAGGAGGAGGAGGAGGAGGAGGAGCCCCCCAGAGACAGCCUUCAUCAGGAGUGAGCUCGUUUCUGGAGAGAAGCCUUCAUCAGGCUGAGGGCCGCGCUGAGACGAAGAUGAAGCAGCCGCAGGAAAAGCUGCCGGUACUGAGGCUCAGAACGGAGGAAGAGAAACAAGAAACAGAACCAGCCAAAGAACGUGGAAGGGUGAGAACAAGGAGGAAAUCACCAAAGAAAGGAACUAUCAUGAUGAAGACUCAGAACCCAGAACAGCAGCUGAUCCAGAGAGUUCUGACAGAACGGACCAGAAGCCAACAUGAGGAGAUCACACAGAAGAAAAUCAGACCAAAUAAGACAGGAGACAGAACCACGGGACACCAGGUGGGAAGAAACCCCCAGUGGGUCGAGCUGGUUCUGGUUCUGCUGGAGGUUCUCCUCCCUGUUAAAGGGGAGUUUUCCUCUCCACUGUCGCUUCAUGCAUGCUCAGUAUGAGGGAUUGCUGCAAAGCCAUGAGAGUCCUCUGAGGCUGCAGGUCAGUGACUGGAUGCAACCUGCUGGCUUCCUGAGAGGGAAACUCUGAAGCAACCUGUCUGCAGGAGCUGCUGGAGCUUUGGAAAGAGCCUUGAGAUGUUGAGAUGUUGAUGAGAUGUUGUUGAGAUGUUGUUGAGAUGUUGAUGAGAUGUUGGGAACUAGCGCGUCAUAAAUAAACUGGAACAUCUGGUGGAACCCAUUUGCCGUCUUAACAUGUGGAGUUCAAGUUUACUGUAAAAAGUUAAUUAACUGCUGACCUCACUUGCCUCAUUCCUCUGAUCCGAUCGUCCAGAACAUCAGAACCUCUCCUGCUGAGUCCGAGUCCCCGGCACCAGCGUCCUCAGUGGGUUUUUGGCUAGAAUUCACCAACAUUAUCCAAAGGAAAGUGUUUUAGUGGUCAGCUUUAGCGGUUCUCCAUGUGCCUGACACAGAUGUUCAUUAGAACAAGGACCAGUAGCAGACGGGGUUUCCAGGAUUUUCCAGCAUAGCACCUCAAUCAGAUUUAAGUCCAGAUUUUGACUCUAAAACCUUAAUUUACACACAGAGAACCUGUGAUUCUCCAGCGUGUCCUGGGUCUUCCCCUGGGUCUCCUCCCGGUGGGACGUGCCCGGAACACCUCACCAGGGAG